AAAAUUGUACAAACAUCUGGAUCUAUGUUUUGUCCACUUGUAUAAAUUAUUUAUAAUUUUAUAUAUAAAAUUUUCAGUUCACUUAAAGAAAAAAAAAAGGUGGUGGGUUGGGGUGUUUGGGAUUCAAAAGUCCGACGAUUGUAUCAUAGCAUAGACUUUCAGAUCAUCCUCUUCUUCCCUCCCACAUUUGAUAUUUUGCUAUUAAUCCUCGUGUUCUUCACUAUCUUCAGCAUUAUCUGUUUGAGACAUCUGCAACAUCGAGGUGUUCAUCAAUGGAGGAAGAGGUGGUUCUGUUGGAUUUCUGGGGAAGCAUGUUCGGCAUGAGGGUCAGAAUAGCCUUGGCUGAGAAGGGAAUCAAGUACGAGUACAGAGAAGAAGAUUUGCCACACAAGAAAAGCCCACUGCUUCUGCAGAUGAACCCGAUUCACAAGAAAGUCCCUGUUCUCAUCCACAAUGGAAAACCCAUCUGUGAAUCCCUCAUCAUUGUGGAGUAUAUCGAUGAAGUUUGGAAGAAUAUUGGAUCUCCAUUGAUGCCCUCUGAUCCUUUCCACAGAGCCCACGCCAGGUUCUGGGCGGACUUCAUUGACAAGAAGAUAUAUAGUGCUGGAACGAAAGUAUGGAAGACAAAAGGAGAAGAGAAGCCCAAGAAAGAAUUCUUUGAUAUUUUGAAGGUGGUAGAAGGAGAACUUGGAGAGAAGCAAUACUUUGGGGGUGACACAUUUAGUUUUGUAGACAUAGCGCUGAUCACAUACUAUAGCUGGUUUUAUGCCUAUGAGACUUUGGGAAAAUUUAGCAUCAAGGCCGAAUGCCCUAAGCUUAUAGCGUGGGUUAAGAGAUGCCUGCAGAAGGAGAGUGUCUCCAAAACUCUUCCUGAUGGAGAAAAAGUUCUUGAGUUUGUUCUGCUUCUAAGGAAGUUUUAUGGUCUUGACAAAUAAAGAAACUGCCUGAAACUGAUAUUUUGCAUCUGUUGCUUUUAAUUUUUAUCCAUUCUUCUUUUUCCUAUACGCUGAGUUGAUGUGUUUUUUCUGAGAUGGAGUUUUUGUUUGAACUAUUUCUAGUCAGGCACUUUAAUCUGGCUGCUAGAAACUAUGGUCUAUACUUUUUAGUGUGUCAAGAAUUACGCAACAAAUGAAGAAACUGCAUGAAACUAUGGUCUUGACAGAUGAAGAAACUGCAUGAAACUGAUAUUUUGCAUGUGCUGCUUUUUAUGUUUGUCAUUCUUCCUUCUUUUUCCUAUAUGAUGCCUUGGUGUUUGUUUCUGUGAUGGAGUUUUUGUUUGAAAUAUUUCUUGUCAGGCAGUUGGUCUGCGUGUUAGAAACUAUGAUUAAGCAACAAUAAAUAACACUUUGGUUUCUGUUGAAGGUUUGGAUUGA